UUUCUUUCAAGAUGGCUCCGACCCGGAGUAUCUUAGGAUUUUUAAAUCCGAAGACCAUUAGUGCAGUUAUUUCUAGUAAUAUAUCAAAAACUUCCUGUAGAUUUGUACUCAAGUGUAGCAAUUAUUGUGACCAUAGGCUAGGGGCAUCUAUUCUUUCUGGUGCCGGUCUAGGUCACAGAAAAAUUAAGUAUGUCGCAGCAAACCACUAUCGAUAUAUUCACACUACGAACAAUUUGAAUGCUAGAGCAGACUACUACAAAGUUCUCGGAGUGUCCAAAAAUGCAUCUGGCAAAGAUAUCAAGAAAGCAUACUACCAAUUGGCCAAAAAGUAUCACCCUGAUGCAAACAAAUCUGAUCCAGAAGCUUCAAAGAAGUUUCAAGAAGUUUCUGAGGCAUAUGAGAUCCUAUCAGAUGAGUCAAAGCGUAAACAGUAUGAUACUUAUGGUACAACGUCAGAGCAAAUGGGCAUGGGUGGAGGACCCAGUGGUGCUGAUGGGUUCACACACCAAUGGCAAUACAAAUCUACUAUAGAUCCCGAAGAACUAUUUCGCAAGAUAUUUGGUGAUGCUGGAUUCAAAAGUGAGGCUUUCAGUGACUUUGCUGAAAGUCAAUUUGGCUUUGGGGCUGCUAAAGAGGUGAUUGUCAAUCUUCGUUUCACUGAAGCUGCUCGAGGUGUGAACAAAGAUAUAAAUUUGAAUGUGGUAGACACAUGCCCUAAGUGUCAAGGCUCCAGAUGUGAGCCGGGCACUAAGGCCAUCAAAUGCACAUACUGCAAUGGCACUGGCAUGGAAACUUUUUCAAGAGGACCCUUUGUGAUGCGUUCCACAUGCCGACACUGUCAUGGGACCAGAAUGCUAAUUAAGUUCCCUUGCGUAGAGUGCGAAGGGAAAGGGCAGUCUGUUCAACGCAAAAAAGUCACAGUCCCUGUACCAGCGGGGGUAGAAGACGGACAGACAGUGCGAAUGGCUGUUGGCAACAAUGAAGUUUUUAUAACAUUCAAAGUUGAGAGUUCUACUUACUUCAGAAGAGAUGGCCCAGACGUCCACACUGAUUGCUCGAUAUCUGUAUCACAAGCUUUACUUGGUGGUACAGUUAGGAUUCAAGGCUUAUACGAAGAUCACACUUUACAGAUAAUGCCAUGUACUUCUUCACAUAGUACCAUACGUUUGUCAAGAAAAGGCAUGAAACGCGUCAGUCAACAUGGAUACGGCGAUCAUUAUGUUCAUAUUAAAAUACAGGUUCCUAAAUCGCUCAGCAGCAAGCAGAAAGCACUAAUUUGCGCGUACGCAGAGCUCGAAGAAGAUACUCCGGGGCAAAUUCAUGGAGUCUCGUACGAUCGUGAUGGUAAAAAGAUAUCAGUAUCGGAACCUCACGACUUGGUUGACGCAGUGAAAGAGGCCCUCAAAGAGAAGAAGUCCAUACAGGGCAGUUCUUCAGACCAAACACCAUCAGACGACGACGUCUUGAAGGAAUCCAAAAGAAGCAAGGGAUAGACCCGACACAAUACCAUGUAGACCGUAAUUCUCAAGCGAUAAGACCCAUUAUCGAAGCUGUGUAUUCCAAUUUUUAGCCAAUUCUUAUUAGCGUCUACUCCGCGUUGUCUAUAAAUGCAAAUUUGUAUUUUUUAUUUUAUUGUGAGAGUUUUUUUUUAUAGUGUAAUGUUUAAGUUCUGCAAUCUGAUAGUAAUUAUAAUCUGGAAUUCCAAAAUUUUCUACUAAAAAAUAAGAUACUAGGUGGAUUUUUGAAUAAACGCAAAUAUGUUUGGCGGGUGUUCAUUGAAACGCAAACAUAAUUGUAAAAUAUCUGGAAAAUACUAUGAAUAUUAGGUACAAAACUGUGAUACAUUGUGUAGCCAAUGCAGAUGUUUUAAGUUUAGACUAUUUUCUGUUUAAGUAAGUCUGAUGCUUUCUUUGAAAAUGUCAUAACACUCGCCUUGAUUUAUUUCUGAAUACUGAUGGUUUAUUUUUGAUUAUGCAAAAUUAAUUUGGAAAUAAACAAAUUAUGCUGUAAAUAGCCGUUGACUAGUUGGUA